AUGGAGUCGAUGACGCCGUCCACGUCGCACGAUAGAGUCUCAGGACUCGGCGAGUGGGCUACGCGAAAGUUACCAACACCUGGAUAUGCGUUCUGCUUGCCGGACCUGGAGAGGCUAGCGCCAGAUUUUCGGAAUUUUCUAGAGAAGGACCUUAUCGAGACGCCAACGCAGAGAAGAUUGGAAGCGUCGAAGCACCUCAACUGGUGGCAUCAAUAUGGUCAGAAGCUUUAUCCCCUGUCAACUACUGGUGAUGGUAAUUGCCUCCUGCAUGCGGCAUCAUUAGGUAUGUGGGGUUUGCAUGACCGUCAAUUGACGCUUCGUGAAGCCCUCUAUGAGAUGCUGAAACGCGGCUCAAGACGUAGUGCCCUAUGGCGUCGUUGGAAAUGGGCCGAACAUCAUGCAAAUCAGGCUAGCGGUCUUAGUUUGACCCUAUCAGACGAGGAAUGGAUGCAAGAAUGGAAUGGUAUAGUGGCGUUAGCGUCUCCGGUGCCCAGAAGGACAGACGACUCAAGUUCCGACUCGACUGAUCAGAUUUAUGAAAGUCUGGAAGCGAUUCACGUGUUUGCACUUUCGCAUGUACUCAAAAGGCCGAUUAUCGUUGUUUCGGACACGGUGUUACGAAACGCGAAAGGUGAAGAAUUGUCACCGGUAUCGUUUGGUGGGAUUUACUUACCGCUGGAAUGUCCUUCGGAUCAGUGUCAUAGGUCCCCACUAGUACUGUGUUACGACUCGGCGCAUUUUUCUCCACUCGUUCCAAUGAGGCAUGACUCAUCACAAAUGCAGAUAAUACCGAUCACCGAUUGUAACAGAAAUUUGCUUCCGGUACAUUUCGUCAUCGAUCCAGGACCGGAUUUCAGCUGGUGGAGUGACGAAGAAGACGCGUCGAUGGCUGCCCGUCUGGCGAUGACCGACGGCGAUAAGCUGGCGUUGUUGAGUGAAUAUAUGGAUCUGGUGAAAAUGGAUGUGAGACGGGGAAGUGUUAAGAAAACACGACCGAUUCGUACGACACAACCGACAUCGGCUAUGGAUAAGAGCAUGACGCUGGCUAGUAGUGGUAAGAUUUCCUUCACCACUCUUGGUACAAUUAGAUCGUGA